GCCGAAUCAGCAAAUUCUCGAUCUGCGUAGCCACCACGUGUGUGAGUGCCCAGCCAGGUGUUCUCCUCUACCAGCAAGAUCUCUCUACGGCGGGGCUGGUUUUUUUUGAGUAAACAUGGACAUACAUACGCUGAUCCAGGGACUGGCCAACACUCUGGACGCGGAGCUACGCAAGCAGGCAGAAACGUUCCUGGAAGAGGUCCACCGAGAUGCCAACUUCACUCCCUGUCUUUUCCAGAUUGUGGUGGACGGCUCCGUCCCUGACGCACCCAGGCAGGCGGGUACGCUAUCCCAACAGCCUUCUCCCUAACACCCAUACUCGGUUCUUCUCCUUUUUCGCUACACUCUCCAUUGAGAAGGACGAUGAACUCUGGACUGAGGAUCCGUACGAGUACAUCAGAAUGAAGUUUGGCACUGUGACAUAGAGAACCUAAACACACCUCUUGGAGUUAGCCUCAAGGGAGGCAUUCUCUAUAAAUGUCACACAACUGGACAGCUGAUGGUCGUCUCUGGUGGAGCACGUCUUAAAAGCUGAAGGGAUUCACACAACUAGCCACACUGGCAGUCAUCUUCAACCUCUCCACUGUGGAGCCUUAUGUACAAUGCAGUAGACUUGUGGGAGUGCCACCAUUGAGUGAGGGCCGUGCCCCAGGAACCAUGAGACUGAGUGAUGUCUAUGACUGGGAGGAUCUCAGGAGACUUUUUAAAACCCUUUGGUUGGACGCCAUGGGUAUCUGCUUAAAUAGACAGAAAUUGAUGUAUAAAGUAUUAGCACCUAGUAGUAUAACCUCAAUAUAAAUUCUUAUGGACUUAUG